UUGGCGUUCGGUGUUGGCGCGCCGAACGCACGUUAGUUUUGCUCUAGCCGUCGCAUCGCACGGAAGCGAGCGGGCUCGCGUUUACGGAUCGAUCCGUAGAAAUUACCGGUACGGAACACAAAACCACGGCCACCAUCGAACGUUGCGUACAGCGGAACUUGGUCCGCACACACACACACACAAACUACUACUGGCGCUUAUCGGCAUCUUUUACUGGCCCGGUGUUUUCAUCCCGUGUUCUGUGUUGUUAUAUGUGAAGAAGAAAAGCAAGUGAAGUGGCAGAUUAGAUGAAAUGUGAACCUCGAGCACUCAUAUCUACUACAGCAGCCGCAAGGAAGCGAAGCAUCAAGGUGUUUUCAGUUUUCCCAACCCCAGUCAGACGUUUAAUAGCAGUUGGAUCAGAUUUCAGCUUCUCAAUUCCAACUCACCACCAAAGACAAAAACCUCCGCGCGCAACCAAAGUGGAAAUGUGCAGCUGAAAGUGGGCAAAGAAUUCACAAAACCGGAAGUGCAGUUGCAAAAUGACGUCCAGUGAUUAUAUACAGGAAAAGUAUUAAAAGAGCGGAAAUGAAAGAGAAAAACUAAAGCAAAGAAAAAAAGGAACAAAGGAACGUGAGACCAUUAAAAAAAAAAAGACUAACCAUAAUAAAGUAAACGAGACGGCGGGUCGUUUAAUGAGGGAAGUGAAAAUUAGUGCAAAGUGUUUUGAGAAAGGUUUGGUGAAAAUUGGCGAAACAACUAAAGCGUAGCAAGAAGAGCCCGGUCGUGUGCGUUUGGAGGCGGAUAGUUGGAAAAGUCCGUUAGCUAUCAUAACACACCACCAUAGUGAAGACAGACGAUAUGACCAUGCUGUCACGUGACAGCAAACCGAUGGCAAGGACAAUGGCACUGGUGAUGAUGGUUCUGGCAGUAGUUCUGCUGCUGGGUACCGUCGGUACAGUGGCCGGUGAGCUGGUGACAACGUACGACCAGAAGGCUAACCAGUGUUGCCAGGACACGUACAUAGUCGACGGUAAGCAGCAGCGGUGUGUCCGGACCGAUGGUAAUUACACGAUGGAAAUGCAACUCAACUGCAGCCACAGGUACAUGAUCUUCCGCCAGAUCGAGCAGGAGGUGUACGUGGACGAGUCGGGCAGUUUGUUCGAUGGAGAAUAUCAGAUCCAGCGCAGCGACUACUGUGUGGCGCACACCUUGGACGGUGAAAGCACGCAACCGGUGUUUGUGGUGUGCUUUAAUAUGGCCAACAUGGAAACGAUUGCGACGAUGCUCGUCAGCAAGGGCAUCAUGAUGCUGAUAUCCGUUUUCUUCCUGCUCGUCACACUGUACAUCUACUACAUCAUUCCGGAUCUGCGCGAAACGCAGGACAAAGUGACCUCGGCCGCCGUCGCCAGUCUGGCAGUGUUCAUGUUUCUUCUGAGCGUGGUCCAGCUGUGGGUAUCGCUAACGCACACAUCGUUCUGCACGGUUAUAGCGUUCCUGAUGUACUUCUUCCUCAUCAGCUAUUUCGCAUGGUUGAACAUGGUCAUGGCUAACGUAUGGAAAUUGACAGUUGCACGUCGAUGGAAGAUCAGAGAACGAUCCUGGUACGUCCUGAACCACAUCUAUGCCAUCACCGUCGCUGUGACGUUAACGACCAUGGUCUACAUUUAUCACAGCCGGUAUCCGACCCUUGGCGAGAUCUCCUGCUGGUUCCGAACCGAACGGGAACAGUCGUACUUCGUCUAUUUACCGCUGAGUGUGAUGCUGAGCAUUAACAUUUUCCUGUUCGUCUGGACCAGCGUUCAUCUGCAUGCGAGCGGUGACGACCUUAGCCCGGAUCGGAAGAAAUCGCUCCGGUACAAGUGCAUGCUGUACCUGAAGCUGUUCCUACUGUCCGGGCUCAUCUGGGUGUUUGAGAUACUGUCGUUUCACAUGAGCGAAGGUUUGGUGCCACAGUCCUGGUUUUGGAUUAUCGUCGACGCAGUCAACUGCCUGCACGGGGUACUUAUCUUCUUCGUAUUGAUCGUCUGGCGGCAGCGCAUCAAGCGGGAGCUGGCCAACCGACGGUUGUUCUGCUUCCGGGCACCGGCCCGUUGGGCCGAACUGAAAGACGACGAACAGGAGCAUCUACACGAUGAAGGACGCGAUACGGGGAAGUAUGAUCUUAUCAUCAAGUAAACAGAACCUUACGAAACAUCGUACCGAACAUCGUUGGACCCCAUCGUGGAGAUACCCGCCCCAUCUGGCAGCAAAAUGCUGACUGGAUCAGCGCACCUCUACCAUCGGUGACCUCAUUCGUAAGUCGUUAGAUAGAGAACCUCCCGUACGGUGUGUUCCCUCCCUGGAAGCGCACAUAGUCCAGUAGACCAUCAUUUUACACCCCAAGCGGUUUCCCAACGAACUCAUCGAACAUGUGAAGAUGAUUUUUUACCACAUUCGAUUCGGUGGUUGGCCAAACACUUAUAGUUACGCGCAAAUUGUUAAGCGUAGGUUACGUUUAGGAUUUUAGCUAUGUAAUGUUGAAAAAGUUGAUGAAUUUAUACUUGUACACACAUCUUUAUAUAUAAAAAGUAAAAAUAGUGGUUGCAUUGCGUCAGGAGUUACUUUAUCUACUUUUGCUAAUGCUGCCUUGCCCUAGCCCCACUGCACCGUGUGUGGUGGCGCGAUGAUCGAGGUAAUGCCUAAGUCUGUUAAUGAAUUUACACACAAACACCGUAAUGUGGAAAGUUUGAACUACAUACAAUAAACUUUUGAAACAGCUAAA